AUUCUACAGGUUUCCAAAACCAGCUAUUACUGUUUCUCUCUUUGGCAGGCUCUUUUCAACAAAGCUGUUAUUAUUUCUAGGAUAGCACAAAACAAAAGGCAUAUACGUAUAAAGUGGGCAUCGAGGAGACGGAAAAAGAAAAACUCUCCAAUCCAAUUCCAAAGCCAUCAACUCCUGUUCAAGCCUCUCUUUGUGGCUUAAAAUUGAGCCUUUUCUUCUACCUUUCUCUCUGGACUUUCACAGCUUUCAUUCUGUUCUUUCUCUAUCACCUUCUGCUUGCAGUUUUCAUCAUAUUUUGGAUCAGUAAGUUCACACACUAGGUGAUCCUUAUUGUAUCCAAAACACUUCCAUUUGAUAUUGUUGGUUAUGGUCUUAUGACCAUAGGGAUAUUUUAAUCAGAAGGCAAGUUUGUUGCUGAUAUAGUUUUAAGUGUUUCAUUAGUUCACACACUUAUUUCUAAUUAAUUUUCUUCACAAGUUUUUAAAUUGGGUGCCCAUCAUAUAUACCCAUAUUACAGAAUUAUUAGGGAAAUUUGUGUUUUUAUCCCCACAAAAUGAAGUGCCCAAAUAACCAAUACCCCUUAAACUCUGUUUCCAAGCUUAUGAAUGCUCAAUUCCACUUUGUUCAGAUUCUUACCUAUAUCCUAAUUUUGGCCUUUGGUGUAACCAUUGGAGUUAUCUUUAGUUUCUAUCUUAAAGACUGCAACUUUAGCCUACAAUUCACUCAGUUGUCUCUCUCUUCCUUUCCACGAACGCCACCCUUGCCACCAACAACUAUAGAACCAGAAGUAUAUAAUGAAACUAAAACUCGAACACAAAUUCAAACUCAAACUCAAACUCAAACUCAAACUCAAAUUGAUACUCACGUAGGAUUGAAGGAGUUCCUUAAGCCACCUCAUGUUGUGCAUGAUAUGGAUGAUGAGGAAUUGCUAUGGAGAGCUUCAAUGAGUGCAAAGAUCCCUGAUUACCCGUUUGAUCGUGUUCCAAAAGUUGCCUUCAUGUUCUUGACAAGGGGUCCUGUGUUUUUGGCACCUUUGUGGGAGCAAUUCUUCAAAGGGCAUGAAGGAUAUUACUCAAUUUACGUGCAUUCCAAUCCUUCAUACAAUGCAUCACGCCCGGAGAGUCCAGUGUUUCAGGCUCGGAGAAUUCCCAGUAAGGAAGUGGAAUGGGGUAACGUGAACAUGGUCGAAGCAGAGCGUCGCUUGCUGGCGAAUGCACUUCUUGACAUCUCAAACCAACGUUUUGUACUGUUGUCAGAAUCCUGCAUACCACUCUUCAACUUCUCAACCAUCUACUCUUACUUGAUGAACUCUACCCAAAACUAUGUCAUGGCUUUUGAUGAUCCCAGUCCUGUUGGCCGAGGCCGUUACAGCAUCCAGAUGUUGCCCGAGAUCUCCCUCAAGCAAUGGAGAAAAGGGUACCAAUGGUUUGAAAUGGACAGAGGGCUUGCACUCGAUGUAGUAUCUGACAGAAAAUACUUCCCAGUUUUUCAAGAGUACUGCAGAGGGUCAUGUUACGCAGAUGAACAUUACUUGCCAACGUACGUGAGCAUCAAGUUCUGGGAGGGGAAUUCAAAUAGGAGUUUGACUUGGGUUGACUGGUCAAAGGGUGGUCCUCACCCAUCUAAAUUUUUGAAAUCAGAUAUUACUGUUAAGUUCUUGGAGAGUUUAAGGAAUCAUAAAUGCAAGUAUAACGGAGACAGCACCAAUGCUUGUUUUCUGUUUGCUAGGAAGUUCGCUCCUAGUACUCUGUCAAAGCUCAUCAAGAUUGCACCUAUGGUUAUGCAUUUCUAAUACUACGGUAGGUGAAAAACACAAGUAUAACCAAUUAUUCAAUUCAUUCUUUUAGCAUGUAAGCCUUUUAAUUACCUCCGGUGUAGAAUGUAGAACUUGUUUCAUCAAAUACCAUUGGAUCUCUGUUAAUGAGUUUUACUAUUG